CACAGACUGAGUCAGAAGAAUGGGAAGACCGGCCAGGAGAGGUGCCGGCACGGCGAUGCUCCGCACCCUGAGCCUCCUCCUGGUCCUCCUGCUCCCAGCUCACAGCACCAGGUCACCCGACUGCGGCGGCAUCCUCACCCCCUCUGGGCUGAGAUACCUUGCUGAAGUUUCAAAGCCACACGCAGAGUCAGUCCUCAGGAAAGACCUCAUGGCCCCGCCAGCCCCGGACCCAUCUCCCACCUCCCCAAGCAGGAGCCGAAUUAUCUCCGUCAAAGUUGACAAGUUUUCCCUGAGCCUGAUCCCUGACACCGGGAUGCGGCUGAGCAUCGAGGUGGAUCUUGGCAUCGCAUCUGCCCCCUCAGCCACCAAGGAGAUGAGGCUGUCCAUCCUGGCUGACCUCCACGUGGAGAUGAACCCCGAAGGGAACCUGGAGCUGGUGACCUCUGACUGCAAACCCACCCUGGAGGAGGUGCAGAGCACCGAGGAGAUGGACAGCAAGUCCUCAGGAUCGGACGUGGACAAGCAGAUCAACGUUGAAAAAAUUUGCCUGGAAGUCUCCAAACUGCUGCUUUUCCCAAAUGAACGGCUGAUGUCUCUGGCAGCUCCAUUCCCCAUCACACCAAACUGCCAAGUCCAGUACCUGCCCCUGGCUGCCCCCAUGUACUCUGAACAGGGAAUCAUCAUCUCUUUGCAAACAACUUUCCAAGUGUCAGGGACAGUGAUCCCCCUGCCAGUCAGCCCUGUGCCUUUCAGCAUGCCUGGGCCAGCGAGCUCCAGCCCUUCCCACCUCAUCCUGGCCUUCUCCGAGCACUUCUACACCAGCUUAUUCUCUGCCUUGGAAGAGUCUGGAGCCCUCAACGUGAGUCUCCUGAGCUCGCUGACCACUGCCACCUUGGCUGAGAGGAUCACUCAGAUGGGCUCCCUCUUCCAAGAGGACCUACCAGUGGUGCUUCAAGCCGUGACCCGGAGCUCUCCUCACGUGGUGCUGGAGGAAGACAAAGCAAUCGUGGAGCUUUUCCUCACUGCCCAGAUCGGAACAGGAUCGCCCCUCUUCCAGAGCUUCCUGAGCGUGAACGUGGAUGUGACUGCCAGGCUCCACCUCAGCGUUGCCGACACGAGGAUGAUCAUCUCCGUGGCAGCCAUAGAGGAUAUCGAGCUCAGCCUGGCCACCUCUGAUGUGGGUCCUAUACUGGCUGCCUUGCUGGAGGAGCUGUUCCUGCCCACAAUCCGUGAGGAGGUGCCAGCCCAGAUAAACGCGGUCCUGAGGCAAGGUGUUUUCCUGCCCCACAUUGCCAGUUUCACUUACAGGGAUGUCAACGUCACAAUCCACAAGGAUUAUGUCUUGAUCCCCUGCAACCUCCAGCUGGAGGCAAGGACUGGAGAGAAAAGCACCUGGGAGUGA